AUGAGGAUCAGUGAUCAAUGCCAGCAGGACGCCUUUGGCACACGCAGGCGGGUGACAUCGUGUGCUGUGACGUGGCACACAGCUGCCCAAGACUUCACAGCGUGUCCGACUGCUGCCCCACCCUGCCGUAUCACAAAUCUCCCUUGCAACAGGCGAUCAUCAAGCUUCAGCAGAUCUUCACUCUUUAUGGCUGCUCUGCGUCAGAGAUCGCCUCAUCCCACCAGGAGCCGCCAAGGCGGCGGGCACAGGGCGGCAGCAACGGCCGCCGCGCACAUCGAUGACUCGGCACUCAAGCGCCCUGCCUUUCCUCCCCCGGAGCCGCCGGCACGGCAAACCCAUCGAGUAGUCGGCGUUCGACUCCCGGUAAAAUUUGGAAAUACAACAUUUAAGACGGAUGUGUAUCCCAAAUCGCUCAAUCCUCAGUGGAAUUCUGAAUGGUUUAAAUUUGAAGUAGAUGAUGAAGAACUACAAGAUGAACCUCUCCAGAUCACAGUUCUUGAUCAUGAUACGUACAGUGCUAACGAUGCCAUCGGCAAAGUGUACAUAGACAUUGAUCCUUUGCUCUAUAGUGAAGCAGCAACAGUUAUAUCAGGAUGGUUUCCCAUUUAUGAUACUAUCCAUGGUAUACGCGGGGAAAUCAAUGUGGUUGUAAAAGUAGAUCUCUUCAAUGAUUUGAACAGAUUCAGACAGUCAUCCUGCGGAGUCAAAUUUUUUUGCACUACAUCUAUUCCCAAGUGUUACAGAGCGGUAAUAAUUCAUGGAUUUGUGGAAGAGCUUGUAGUUAAUGAAGAUCCAGAGUACCAGUGGAUAGACCGAAUUCGUACACCACGGGCUUCAAAUGAGGCUAGACAAAGACUUAUUUCACUAAUGUCAGGUGAACUGCAAAGGAAGAUUGGCUUGAAGGUACUUGAAAUGAGAGGAAAUGCUGUUGUUGGCUAUUUGCAGUGUUUUGAUUUGGAGGGAGAGUCUGGAUUAGUAGUACGCGCCAUAGGAACAGCCUGUACCUUGGAUAAAUUAAGUAGCACAUCCGCAUUCUUACCUGCAUGUAACUCUCCAUCCAAAGAAAUGAAGGAGAUUCCCUUCAAUGAAGAUCCCAAUCCCAAUACUCAUUCAUCAGGACCCUCCACCCCUCUGAAAAACCAAACCUAUUCUUUUUCACCUUCCAAGUCCUACAGUCGACAGUCCUCUUCUUCUGACACAGAUUUGAGUUUGACACCCAAAACUGGAAUGGGCAGUGGGAGUGCUGGAAAAGAAGGGGGGCCAUUUAAAACUCUUUUAAGACAACAGACUCAGUCAGCUCUGGAACAAAGGGGAGGAUCGCCUCAUAGGUUCUGUAGAAGGCGGGAAUUUCCAUUUUUUACCUUGACGGCCUUUCCACCAGGCUUCCUCGUCCAUGUUGGUGGUGUUGUCAGUGCACGUUCGGUGAAGCUCUUGGAUCGCAUUCACAAUCCCGCCUUUGUCGGAAUUAUGGGUAACACAAGAUCAUACAAACUGCUAGACUGGAAUAGUUUCAAUUCAGAUGAACCAGAGACACGAGAUGCUUGGUGGGCAGAAAUCAGACAAGAAAUAAAAUCCCAUGCCAAGGCAUUAGGGUGUCAUGCUGUAGUGGGCUACAGUGAAUCAACUAGCAUUUGUGAAGAGGUCUGUAUUUUGUCCGCGUCUGGCACAGCAGCUGUACUGAACCCUAGGUUUCUUCAGGAUGGCACCGUGGAAGGCUGUUUGGAACAAAGGAUUGAAGAAACUUCACCACCAGGUUGUGGAUUUUGCCAUAUACCAUAUGAUGAACUGAACAUGCCAUUCCCUGCUCACCUCACAUACUGUUACAACUGCAGGAAGCAAAAGGUUCCCGAUGUCCUUUUCACUACAAUUGAUCUCCCUGUAGAGGCAAUCGUUAUUGGGAAGGGGUGUCUGAUUCAAGCCAGGUUAUGCCGUCUAAAGAAGAAAGCUCAAGCAGAAGCAAAUGCAACAUCUAUCAGUAACCUCUUGCCAUUUAUGGAAUAUGAAGUGCACACCCAGCUGAUGAAUAAACUUAAACUCAGAGGAAUGAACGCUCUGUUUGGGCUGAGGAUACAAAUCACUGUGGGUGAAAAUAUGCUAAUGGGCUUGGCAUCUGCAACAGGUGUGUAUCUAGCAGCUUUGCCAACACCUGGUGGUAUUCAGAUUGCUGGAAAAACUCCAAAUGAUGGCAGCUAUGAACAGCACAUAUCUCAUAUGCAGAAAAAGAUAAAUGAUACAAUAGCAAAAAAUAAGGAGCUUUAUGAGAUCAAUCCCCCUGAGCUACCUGAAGAGAUCAUUGGGUCUCCCAUUCCAGAACCCAGACAACGUUCCAGGCUGUUAAGAUCUCAGUCAGAAAGCUCCGAUGAAGUUACUGAGCUAGACCUUUCACAUGGGAAAAAGGAUGCUUUUGUCUUGGAGAUUGAUGAUACAGACGCAAUGGAAGAUGUACAUUCUCUGCUGACCGAUGCUCCACCACCUUCAGGUUUUUACAGUUGCAACACAGAAAUUAUGCCUGGUAUAAAUAACUGGACUCCUGAAAUUCAAAUGUUCACAGCAGUAAGAGUAUCCAGAUUAAGCAACAUAAACCUGACAAAUCAAACACUUAAUAAGAACUUUAAUGAUCUCUGUGAGAAUCUUUUGAAGAGCUUAUAUUUUAAACUACGAUCCAUGGUUCCCUGCUGCCUUUGUCAUGUAAAUUUUACAGUUGCUCUUCCAGAGGAUGAAUUAGUUCAGAUCGCAGUCACAGCUGUUGCAAUAACGUUUGACAAAAAUCAAGCAUUACAAGCUAAUAAAGCCCCUACAGAAAAAGCUCAGCAAAGAGUAUCUACAGACAAUGAAGAACAGCUACAGUUCCCUUUGGAACUUUGCUCUGAUCCCCUUGCUUCCCAGCCAUUCUCACCAGCUAAAGAGGUCCUGGAGGGAGCAAGUUCCCACACAGGUAUUCCUGCUACACAGAGAGCAACGUCAGUUGAUUACAGUUCCUUUGCAGACAGAUGCAACAGCUGGAUAGAGCUCAUUAAACUGAAAGCUCAGACCAUAAGGCGCGGAUCAAUUAAGACAACUGCCUCUCUUGAUAAAGCAAGCCCGCUGGCUGAGGGACACUUACGGCACCGUUCUGCUCCAUCAUGCACCAAUUCCACCGUCUCUGUUGUCAAGAUGACACCUCUCUCUUUUUUACCUGGGGCAAAAAUAACCAAAUAUCUUGGAAUAAUCAACAUGUUUUUUAUACGAGAAACUACUUCUUUGCGUGAGGAGGGUGGUGUCAGUGGUUUUCUCCACGCUUUUAUUGCUGAAGUGUUCGCAAUGGUGAGAGCCCACGUGGCAGCUUUAGGGGGAAAUGCAGUUGUCUCAUAUAUAAUGAAGCAGUGUGUUUUCAUGGAGAACCCAAACAAAAAUCAGGCCCAGUGUUUAAUAAAUGUUAGUGGAGAUGCCGUCAUCUUUGUACGUGAAUCUGAAUUAGAAAUGUUACCAGUUCAGCCUUCCACAGCGGUUUCUCAACCCACAAGUUCUGGAGGAGAUGUCACAACAUGAAGUCCAAGAAAGUGAAAUAGUCUCUGGCAAAUACAAAGAUUGUUUAAAAUGUGGGAAUUUUAGGUUUGCAUCUUCAAAAUCGGUAUUUUGCCACAUCAUUAAUGACCAAAAUCAAAGACAAUCGCUGCACUUUGUUUUUCAACUUUAUGUAAUAAUCAGGGCAGGGUAUUGGCAGGGAUACUCUGAUUCUGCUUUUGUUAUUAUGGGCCCCUUUCAAACACAAACAGAAGCUGAAACACUGAUA